AUGGGUAGUUACUACUGUAGCUGUAAGAUUGGGUAUUAUAAUUUGACAGUUGCUGCUGAGAAUUGCUCUGACAUCAAUGAGUGUGAGGAUAAUAAUGGUGGCUGUUCUCAAACCUGCAUUAAUACUCCUGGAAGUUUUAAUUGUGAAUGUUAUGAUGGAUAUGGUUUCAUUGAUGGUAGCACUACAGACUGUACUGAUAUUAAUGAGUGUCUUACUAACAAUGGAGGUUGUCAACAUGUUUGUACUAAUACAAAUGGAAGCUACUACUGUACUUGUAAUCCUGGCUACAAUGGAAGCAUUUUCUGUUCAGAUAUUGAUGAAUGUGAACUUGAUACUGAUAACUGCAAUCAACAAUGCACUAAUACUGAUAGUAGCUACUACUGUAGUUGCUAUACUGGGUAUACUCUUAUAAGUGACAAUCACACUUGCAUAGAUGAUGAUGAAUGCUCACACAGUUUAGUUCUUUGUGAUCAGAUUUGCAAUAAUACUGUGGGUUCAUAUAAGU